GGGGGCGAUAAGUAAAAGCUGGUAGAAGAAGGGUAUUUAGAAUAUUAAUGAAAUUAAAAAAAGAAAAGGAAAAUGAAAUCCGGGAAAGGAUCAAAGUCAGUCAGGCAGUUUUUCGGUACGUUAGCAGGCCAGGGAAGCAUCGAAAAAGGGGAAACGUCAAAAAAUUGCCAACUGGACUAGUAGCCGAGCCUAAACCGAUGAUGACCCAAGCCACCAGCCAGCCCACCUCACGCGCUCUCUCUCUCACAUAUCCCCGGCGACCCUAUUAUUCCCUUUCCCUACUCUCACGCUCCUCUCAUGUGUCGGCCGAGUCAUCGCCGAACCCACCCAACCCUUGCCUCUUUUUUUCUAUAACCCCCAACCCACCUUUUUCUUUUUUGUCUUUCUCCCUAUCAUUUAACCUAAAUCAAACGCCACUCCUACCUUUGUUUUUUCAAUCUCCCUUUUCCAAUGGCCGAUCUUACCGAUUCCGUUAUGCCGUCAGCUGUAAUCACCCCUCCUUCAACCACACCUAACACCCGUACGUUACCUGUACGUGAGGAUUGUUGGUCUGAGGAAGCUACGUCUACCCUUGUUGAUGCUUGGGGUCGUCGUUAUGUUGAGCUUAAUCGUGGGAAUCUCCGUCAGAAGGAUUGGCAAGAUGUGGCUGAUGCUGUUAAUGCUCUUCAUGGUCAUACUAAGAAAACCCAUCGUACCGAUGUGCAGUGUAAGAACCGGAUUGAUACCAUUAAGAAAAAGUAUAAGAUCGAGAAAACUAGGGUGAGUUCUUCUAAUGGAACCCUAACAUCGUCUUGGCCUUUCUUUGAACGGUUGGAUGCUCUUAUUGGAUCUAAUUUUGCUGCUAAGAAGCUUUCGACGUCGCCUAAGAUAUCACCGAAGCCGUCGCCGAGGUUGUCACCCAGGAUCCCGGGAUCUCCUCCUGUGGCUCUUCCGCUUUUGCUUCCGUACAGGAGGACUCCUCCGGCGCCCACUGCUAUUGUUGCUCUUCCCCAGAAGAGGCCAGCUGUGGACGAUGGGUAUUUCAAGAGGAACUAUUCUGCUGUUGCUGCUGCUGCGGCUGCUGCUGCUGCGGAAAGUGAUGAGGAGGAGGGUGAGGAAAGCGAGGGAGAGGAAAGUGAAGGAGAGGGAGAGGAGAGGGAAGGGAUGAAGAGAUUGGCAAGAGCUCUAGAAAGGUUUGGUCAAGUGUAUGAAAGAGUGGAAGGGGAGAAGCUGAGGCAGAUGGUUGAAUUGGAGAAACAAAGAAUGCAAUUUGCUAAAGAUUUGGAAGUGCAGAGGAUGAGGAUGUUUAUGGAUACACAGGUGCAGCUCGAAAAGAUCAAGCGUGGCAAAAGAUCCUCGGGUUCCAGUGAUAUUUAUAGCUAGCCGAGUUGGGAAGAGUUUUGACAGUGGGAAAAAGCAUGAAGAACAUAAAUAUUUGACUUUUAAUACUCAUCCCUUGAAAGUAUAUAGAUAUACUUAUUGUAGCAGAUACUGGACUCAGAACUCACAAGAUAACCGGCAGUUGGCAGAUAAAUAUUGCCUGAGGUUUUUGAAGUUCCUUUAUUUUGCCUUUCGCCCUUCAUUUGGGGACCACAAAAAAAAAAAAAAAAAAAACCUGAAAGUUGUAAUUUAAUUUGGUCCAAUGUCCUUUGUUUUAGUUGUUGAGUCACCCUUAAACUAAUUAGCUUUUUUUUUUUUUUUUUUUUGUAAGUUGUGUUUGUUGGUUGCAAUGUAAAAGAUUAGGUUGUAUUCAGAAACUCUUUUGUGUUCAAUAUUGCUCUCUUUUGAACUCGGCUAAAAUCCCCAACGUUAUUCCAUAGCUAUAUUCAUGUGUCAAUGUAUAUAUACACAUAAUAUAUAUAUGCUUAGUCAAGAGUUAACGGGAUCAUACACAUUUAUGGGGUUAGAGUCUAAGCUUUCUUUGGCCCUAGAGUCCAAGCUUUAUUUCCCCCUGUGGAGACGGCCAACCACUAGCAGCCGGUGGUUGGUCAUCUCCUUUCCUUCUCCCUCUCUUGCUUCAUUUGAUUCCCUCUUCUAUGGUUUAAUAAAUCCUCACGAUGUUUUGAUGGUCUUGGUGACUCUGUAGAAUAGAUCUGAUGGUAGCAGUAGUAGAUCUUCCGGUGUGGGUAAUCUUGAGUGAUUUUGUGCCGCGGGGCCUUGCCGAGUUGUUUUGGCUUGUUCUUUUUCUCUUCAGGUGUGGGAUUCUGCUGAGGAGGGUUUGCUCCUGUUCUGUGCCGCUGAGAAUAUCUCCUGCUACAAGAAGAGAAUGGGUUUUGCGGCUAUGGUUGGUGGAUGGAGGGGGUGGUGCCAUUGCCUCCCAAAGCUGCUUUUUGUUCGGCCUCCUUGUUAGUGUUCAGGGAUGGCAGUUCGAUUGUUGAUGCGAGCAUUUGUUGUUUCUUGUCCAGUUUUUAUCUUCCAAUCCCUUGUUUCUGCUUUCAAGCCUCAUUAACCAAUUGAAAUGGUGAACCUGAGGGUAAAAGGGGUGAUGUACAUUUACUCAACUCGUCUGCGUAAAUGGCUAAAACAUUGUUGCAUGGUGACCAUACCUCCACCAUUUUUGUUGUUUAGAAGGGUUAAUGACUUGGUUCGAGGGUGUUCUUUUUUCUGUUUCUUUUUGUUCACUGCCCAAAUUGGGCGUUCAUAUGUCCAUGCUUGGUUCUUUUUUCUGGUUCUUUUUGUUCACUGCCCAAUUGGGCGUUCAUAUGUCCAUGCUUGGACCUUUGUUUAUCUUUAAUGAUAUGAAAUCAACUUGUAAUUCGUCCAAAAAGAUAAAUCAAAGAAUUAACAUUAGUGCCCUUUCAAUAAAGGCACAUUCAGUAUAAA